AUGCUGCAGUACAUCGGCAACCACUCGGACGACUUCCUGGAGCUCUUCCAGCCCCCGUGUCCCAUGGACGAGGGGACCCCCGACCUGGCAUCUUCGUUCUCACAGCCGUGCGCCAUGGACACGGCCCCCCUGAUCCCUGCGCCUCUGUCCUCCACCACCACCAUCAGCAGCAGCAGCAGUUACUACCCAACAUCGCUGGCCGCUCUGCUGGACAGCACGCCGUCGGCUCGGCCCGGGAUCUCCGCUGCGACCGCACCUCUUCCCACUGGCCUGGCCGCGCCAACGAGCGAGUCCCCGGGGUGUGCGGCACGGCCCAGCGACUCGUUCCCCAGCGCCCCGUCGCUGCCCAUCAGACCCAAGCCCACGGCAGCGCAGGCCUGCAAGCCACUCAGCGUCUGCCAACCGCUGCCCAAAGCUACCAAGGGGACGCUGCUGCCCAGAACUGACCCACAGCACACCUACAACCGUUACCGGCCCCUGCAGGCGCUGCCUGCCCAGCAGCUGCUGCGUUCCUCCUCCACCGCCUCCACAGCUACAGCCACCACCACGCAGCUGGCGCCCGGGCAGUCCUUCAUCUCCACGGGACAGCACUUGCCGGUGCUGGUGCAACCUCAGCUGCUCAAGGGAGAAUCGUUCCUCCUGACGGCGAUGCCGGGAGAGGCGGCGGGCAGUCUGGUGGGCGCCGUGCAGGCCUCCCCUCUGCCCACAAGCCCCGUGCAGCGUCAGCCACUCCAGGUUGUCAGCAGUGGCACGAUAUUUGUGCUGGACACGGACAAGCUGUCGCUGCAGCACAGCCCGACGCUGGCCGACAGCGCGGGCCCCGCACGCACCGCGGCCACACCGCCGCCACUGCCGCCGCCGCAGCAGCAGCCCGCCGCCGUCGCCACCGUCGCCGCGACCGUCGCCGCCACCGUCGCCGGCACCGCCGGGGCGGCCGAGCCUUCGUCUUCGCCGUCGUCGGCAGGGACCGGGAACCCCGUGCCGUGCCGAUCGCGACGCUCCUCACACAACGCCAUCGAGCGCCGCUACCGCUGCUCCAUUAACGACCGCAUCGGAGAAAUGCGCUCCAUGCUCGUGGGCCCACACAAUAAGCUGAACAAGUCGGCGGUGCUGAGGAAGGCGAUUGACUACAUCAAGUUCCUGCAGCAGGUGAACAAGAGGCUGAAGCAGGAGAACAUGGCGCUGAAGAGGAGCAUGCAGGAGAAACUGUCAAGCCGCAGGCCGAUCCUGCGCGGAGGAGGAGGAGGAGGAGGAGGCAGCGGCUCUCUGGCGGACGAGCGGCGGCGCGCGACGGGGCGGCUCCACUCCGUCGACUGCUCGCCGGCGUUCUCGGACGGCGAGGCCGAGGAGCUCGCGGGCCGCGGCGCCGGCGGAGACGACGGCGGCAGCGACAGCAGCAGCCACUUUUCGGGCUUCCCGUACCCGUCGCUCGGCAGCCCGUUUGCCAGCGACAGCGACGACGCCGACAGCCUCCGCAGCCUGGACACGUUCCAGUUCCUGCUCGACCCGUGCCUUCAAGCGCCACAGAGCUGAUGGUCGUCCCCUUUCACGCUUUGUCAAAAUAAAAGUCUAUAUAUAUACCAGAAAAUAAACAUUUACGUCGUAAUAAGGGGAAACAGGUGCUACAGUACUGUAAUAUGUGAACGUGCCAAGAAUGUGGACAUAUAAAAAGUUAAGCUUUUUAGAUGCUUUGAGAAUGUUACUGCUGAGUAGGUUUCAAUUUAAAGCUUUCGUGACUGCAGGGAUUCAUCUUCUUGGUUCUUUCGGUAAAGUCACGUAGAAGGGAAAUAAUAAAAUAAUAAUAAAACAUAAUAAAAUAAUUCUCACGACGUUUCGGCCACAACGCAAGCAGCCGUCCUCAGGUGAAGACCAGGUCUGUCGGGGAGACAGCGUCUGAAUGUCAUUCAGAAUAAUUUUAUUAUGUUUAAUUUUUAUUAUUUUAUUAUUUCCCUUCUACGUGACUUUACCGAAAGAACCAAGAAGAUGCUGAGUAGGUUUUUCACAGUUGUGUUGUGUGGCCCCGUUGUCGAGUUGUACCCAGUGUUUCCCUCCCCGACGUACUGGGAGCUUCUUCAGCAGACGGAGCGAAACGUCAGACGUCGUGCUGAAUGUCACACGCUACAACCCGAAAACACAGGGCAGGACGUUGGGCAUUUGUACAGAAUUUUGACUAAUCUCGAAUGCUUUAGUUUGGCUUUAGGCAGCUUAUGGUGACCCACAGUUGAAAGUGUACUCGGUUUUUAAAUCAUAAUUAUUUUGCACUUGCAUUUUUGCGCUGAUAGCACACGUGCUAGGUAGCUGUAAGUACAGCAGGUGAUCACAGGCCCAAUUCGUAUCGGUGAAAAAUCUGGUUCUGCUGUUAUAUUACCAGAAAAAAAAGGGAAAUUUUUCCCAUUAGCUUCCAAUUUAUCAGUUUUCUCUCAGAAUAUUAGUGGAACAUGGAUUACGCCAACCCAACAUAAUCAAGCUGGGCCUCGCCCCAUAGGCCCUCUUAUCACCAACUUUAAUUCCCUCCUUUUUGUAAAGUGCGUUUUGAUAAACUAUUAUAAAUUUUAAUUUAAUUUUAUUAUUUUUUAUUUUUAUUUUCUAUCUACGUGACUUUACCGAAAGAACCAAGAAUAUUUUCAAUGAAUAUAUAUUUUUUUUUAAAGAACUGUUUGUGCUGUGAUUUUUCAAAGAUGAUUUUCAUAGAGGUACACCCGGACGUUAGCUCUCAUUCUUGGGUACGGAGACGCAAAAUGUGACGAAUACCAUCACCUUCUUGUGGGAGAAACUACACAAGGCAACUUGCUACUUGCGCUGUGUAGCGAUCCGCUCUGUGUUCGGAUCGGUGUCACGGUUGUCCGACGUUUCGCCCGACGAACGCAAUUCAAAACACAUCAGAAAGGAAUUCAGGCUACGACAAUUCUUCUUUGAAUGUUUGCGAUAAUUAAGUGCAUAUCGGGGCGUCACAUACGUUUUAAAAUCCACUUGUAAGCAGUAGACAUAGUAUCGAUUAGCAUCCCGGAGCAAUCACGUACACACAGCUAGUUCAGCUCGGGUAUUGCGCGGCAAAGAAGUGACCAGGGCACUGCCCAAAAAAAAAUCGAGGUUUGUUACAUUCAAUGUCGUGCCUCUUCGUCGUAUUCGUUUGCCUGUUUAACUGAAGCCACUGCGAAGUUUCGAGUCAACCCCUCAGCACUUACCGGUUUGCUCAACGGAGUUGAGAAAUGCGUGAGGGUCAAUACGCACACAGAGCGUAGUUGGGCACGGACGCAGCGGAGAGGAAGGGAGGAGGGGAUCACGAGGGACGUGCAAAUACGAACCUCGGAGCAUGGGAUCCGCGGCGGUUGACGUUUACACCACAAUUCAAGGGCGCCUUUCCCACUUGAUUUUUGGGUGGCACCCCCUUUCAUGUCCACGUCGCAGGUGUAAAAAUAAAUAAUCAUUCUGAAGUCUCAGAUCACUUGCAAGUGCGACUGUCAUCGUCUUUCGAGUUCUCACCUGGAUCAACAAAAUCAAAAUAAAGUCCGCUGGGGAAAACUUUGGGUUUCUUUCUGGAAAGAAAUCUGAAAAGUUCUAGAUUUGAAGCUUUCGUGACUGCAAGGAUCCAUACUCUUUGGUUUGUUCGGUAAAGUCACGUAGGUUAAAAAGAGAAAACGAAUAAAUUAAAUUACGACAUUUCUAAGGCAACACAAGCUUCCGUCUUCAGGUCUCGUCACUUGAUACAGUGAUUGUUGCUGUGACGAUACCACCAGUCUUCGAAACGUCGCGAUUUAAUUGAUUUGUUUUCUCUUUUUAACCUACGUGACUUUACCGAAAAAAUCUGAAAAGGGUCACCUAAAUCCACCGCAGUACUCGAAUCCCAACUGCAAUCUGUUGUAGGAUGUCCCCCAUCGUGUGGCAACACGUGACACACAGUGGCACAUUUUUCUAUUUCCCAUAACUUGGACACCCUAGUAUCCACGUUGCAGUUAAAACAAAUAACUUUGAAGUCUCAGAUCACUUGCAGUUGAGAUGUAUCAUCGUCUUUCGAGUUCUCACCUGGUUCAACAAAACAAAAUUAACUAAAAUCUGCUCGAAAACGUUCGUUUCCUUUCUGAAAAGAAAUAUCAAAAGCAGGACUCGAAUCCCACGUGCAAUCUGUUGUAGGAUGUCCUAUAUCGUUUGCCGACACAUGGCACACAGUCGCGCAUGCUUAUAUUUCCCAUAACUGAAUUGAGAACGUGUAUAAAAAUGCCCAUGUGUAACAUAACCUCGGCCUCCCUUGCAAAAUGAAUUGUGUAUGACAUGUUGAUUCUCACCUCUGAAUAAUGUAUUUAUUGAUGAUUGUAACACAAAUGCAAGCUGAAGUCAAUUGUGUACUGCCACAAAACAUAAUUAUUGUGCAGGUUGUAGGAAGAAAGUUUUAGUUUACGAAUGUAUUCUGUUUAAAACAUUGAGCCAUAACAAUUCGUGUGAAUAUACUUGUGCUGUGUGAGUUGUUUUUUUUUAUGUAAUAUUGUUAAGCCAGCAUUACGUGAGACCCAUAAACCAUGGAUGUACACACUUGGAUUUGUACCCGCGUACAUGAACGCGUUCACAAAAGUGCUUGGCAUCAGUUUUGGGCCAACGUCGCUGUUUUUACCAGAA